GACGCGGCGGCAGCGGCCCGAGCCCGGCCCUAUGGCGCGGGCGGACACGGGCCGCGGGCUCCUGGUGCUGACCUUCUGCCUGCUGUCCGCGCGCGGGGAGCUGCCAUUGCCCCAGGAGACAACUGUCAAGCUGAGCUGUGAUGAGGGACCCCUGCAAGUGAUCCUGGGCCCUGAGCAGGCUGUGGUGCUGGACUGCACUUUGGGGGCUACAGUUGCUGGGCCUCCGACUAGGGUGACAUGGAGCAAGGAUGGAGACACUGUACUAGAGCAUGAGAACCUGCACCUGCUACCCAAUGGCUCCCUGUGGCUGUCCUCACCCCUAGAUCGAGAAGACAGCGAUGAUGAGGAAGCUCUUAGGAUCUGGAAGGUCACUGAGGGCAGCUAUUCCUGUCUGGCCCACAGCCCGCUGGGAGUGGUGGCCAGCCAGGUUGCUGUGGUCAAGCUUGCCACACUCGAAGACUUCUCUCUGCACCCUGAGUCCCAGACCGUGGAGGAAAAUGGGACAGCACGCUUUGAAUGCCACACCAAGGGCCUGCCAGCCCCCAUCAUUACUUGGGAAAAGGACCAGGUGACCGUGCCUGAGGAGCCCCGGCUCAUCACUCUUCCCAAUGGCGUCCUCCAGAUCCUGGAUGUCCAGGACAGUGACGCAGGCUCCUACCGCUGUGUGGCCACCAAUUCAGCCCGCCAACGAUUCAGCCAGGAGGCCUUGCUCACUGUGACCCUCAGAGGGUCCUUGGAGGCUACCAGGGGGCAGGAUGUGGUGAUUGUGGCAGCCCCAGAGAACACCACGGUAGUGUCUGGACAGAGUGUAGUGAUGGAGUGCGUGGCCUCUGCUGACCCCACCCCUUUUGUGUCCUGGGUCCGACAGGAUGGGAAGCCUAUCUCCACGGAUGUCAUCGUUCUGGGCCGGACCAAUCUACUCAUCGCCAGCGCGCAGCCUCGGCACUCUGGAGUCUAUGUCUGCCGAGCCAACAAGCCCCGCACGCGCGACUUCGCCACUGCGGCUGCUGAGCUCAGAGUGCUUGCUGCCCCAGCCAUCUCGCAGGCGCCCGAGGCGCUCUCGCGGACGCGGGCCAGCACCGCGCGCUUCGUGUGCCGCGCGUCCGGGGAGCCACGGCCCGCGCUGCACUGGCUGCACGACGGGACCCCGUUGCGACCCAACGGGCGCGUCAAAGUGCAGGGCGGUGGCGGCAGCUUGGUCAUCACUCAGAUCGGCCUGCAGGACGCUGGCUACUACCAGUGCGUAGCAGAAAACAGCGCGGGAACCGCCUGUGCCGCUGCGCCCCUGGCGGUAGUGGUGCGCGAGGGGCUGCCCAGCGCCCCGACUCGGGUCACAGCCACACCGCUGAGCAGUUCCUCUGUGCUGGUGGCCUGGGAGCGGCCUGAGUUGCACAGCGAGCAAAUCAUUGGCUUCUCUCUUCACUACCAAAAGGCAAGGGGAGUGGACAAUGUGGAGUACCAGUUUGCAGUAAACAAUGACACCACAGAGCUGCAGGUUCGGGACCUGGAACCCAACACGGAUUAUGAGUUCUACGUGGUGGCCUACUCCCAGCUGGGGGCCAGCCGAACCUCCAGCCCAGCCCUGGUGCAUACACUGGACGAUGUCCCCAGCGCAGCACCCCAGCUUGCCCUGUCCAGCCCCAACCCCUCGGACAUCAGGGUGGCAUGGCUGCCCCUGCCCUCCAGCCUGAGCAAUGGACAGGUGCUGAAGUACAAGAUAGAGUACGGUUUGGGGAAGGAAGAAGAUCAGGUUUUCUCCACCGAGGUGCCCGGAAAUGAGACACAACUUACGUUAAACUCACUUCAGCCAAACAAAGUGUACCGAGUCCGGAUUUCAGCUGGCACUGGGGCUGGCUAUGGAGUCCCUUCUCAGUGGAUGCAGCACAGGACACCUGGUGUGCACAACCAGAGCCAUGUUCCCUUUGCCCCUGCAGAAUUGAAGGUGAGGGCAAAGAUGGAGUCCCUGGUGGUGUCAUGGCAGCCGCCCCCUCACCCCACCCAGAUCUCUGGAUACAAACUCUACUGGCGAGAGGUGGGAACAGAGGAGGAGGCAGAUGGUGACCGCCCCCCAGGGGGUCGUGGAGAUCAGGCUUGGGACGUCGGGCCCGUGCGGCUGAAGAAGAAAGUGAAGCAGUAUGAACUGACCCAGUUAGUCCCUGGCAGGCUGUACGAGGUGAAGCUCGUAGCUUUCAACAAACACGAGGACGGCUACGCUGCUGUGUGGAAGGGCAAGACAGAGAAGGCGCCCACACCAGACCUGCCUAUCCAGAGGGGGCCACCGCUGCCUCCUGCCCAUGUCCACGCAGAGUCAAACAGCUCCACUUCCAUUUGGCUUCGGUGGAAGAAGCCAGACUUUACCACUGUCAAGAUUGUUAACUACACUGUACGCUUCGGCCCCUGGGGGCUCAGGAAUGCCUCCCUGGUCACCUACUAUACCAGCUCUGGAGAAGACAUUCUCAUUGGCGGUCUGAAACCAUUUACCAAGUACGAGUUUGCGGUACAGUCCCAUGGAGUGGAUAUGGAUGGGCCCUUUGGCUCCGUCGUAGAACGCUCCACCCUGCCUGAUCGGCCUUCAACACCUCCUUCUGACCUGCGCCUGAGCCCCCUGACACCAUCCACUGUCCGGUUACACUGGUGUCCCCCCACGGAGCCCAAUGGUGAGAUUGUGGAGUAUCUAAUUCUCUACAGCAACAACCACACCCAGCCCGAACACCAGUGGACACUGCUCACCACAGAGGGAAACAUCUUCAGUGCAGAGGUCCAUGGCCUAGAGAGUGACACUCGGUAUUUCUUCAAGAUGGGAGCCCGCACAGAGGUGGGGCCUGGGCCCUUUUCCCGCUUGCAGGAUGUGAUUACUCUACAAGAGACAUUCUCAGACUCCUUGGAUGUGCACGCCGUCACGGGCAUCAUCGUGGGUGUCUGCCUGGGCCUUCUCUGCCUCCUGGCCUGCAUGUGUGCUGGCCUACGACGAAGCUCCCACAGGGAAGCCCUCCCCGGAUUGUCCUCCUCAGGCACCCCAGGAAACCCAGCACUCUACACAAGAGCUCGGCUCGGGCCCCCCAGUGUCCCUGCUGCCCAUGAGUUGGAGUCCCUCGUGCAUCCCCGUCCCCAGGAUUGGUCCCCACCACCCUCAGAUGUGGAAGACAAGGCUGAAGUACACAGCCUUAUGGGUGGCAGUGUUUCAGAUUGCCGGGGCCACUCCAAGAGAAAGGUGACACUGGAGUCUCUUCAGAUCUCCUGGGCUCAGGCAGGGGGACCAAACUGGGCAGGCUCCUGGGCAGGCUGUGAGCUGCCCCAGGGUAGUGGUCCAAGGCCGGCUCUGACCCGUGCUCUGCUGCCUCCAGCGGGAACCGGGCAGACACUGCUGCUGCAAGCCCUGGUGUAUGACGCCAUAAAGAGCAACGGGAGAAAGAAGCCGUCCCCAGCCUGCAGGAAUCAGGUGGAAGCUGAGGUCAUUGUCCACUCUGACUUCGGUGCAUCCAAAGGAUGUCCUGACCUCCACCUCCAAGACCUGGAGCCGGAGGAACCACUGCCUGCAGAGACUCUGCCUUCCACCUCUGGAGCUGUGGAUCUGUCUCAAGGAGCAGACUGGUUGGGCAGGGAGCUGGGAGGGUGCCAACCAGCAACCAGUGGGCCAGAGAGGCUCACCUGCUUGCCAGAAGCAGCCAGUGCCUCCUGCUCCUGCUCAGACCUCCAGCCCAGCACUGCUAUAGAGGAGGCCCCUGGGAAAAGCUGCCAGCCCAAAGCCCUGUGUCCUCUAACAGUCAGCCCAAGCCUUCCCAGGGCCCCUGUCUCCUCUGCUCAGGUCCCCUGAGCAGAAGGCAGAUAUGGCUCAGGGACAUGCCAUGCAUGGCUACACAUGUGUGUACUAGAGAUAUCCACAAGUCCUUGGAGCCUCUUAGGAUCCUUUGGCUGGGGUGGGGGAGAACUUUACUCUCCCCCAUAUUCUGCAUCACAUACAGGAGGGACUUGAGACACAGCUCCGUGUGAUGGACAUGUGUGUGUGUGUGUGUGUGUAUGUGUGUGUGUGUGUGUGUGUGUGUGUGUGUGUGUGUGUGUGCUGGUUNUGUGUGUGUGUGUGUGUGUGUGUGUGUGUGUGUGUGUGUGCUGGUUGAGCUAGGAAACCUCUCCCUAUGUAGCAGUCACUGUGGCCUAAUUGACCCUCUGUGGCAGGAUGGUAUAACAGUGAUCAGUGCCAGCUCUUUGAGCUUUUAGCCUUGUCACCUAGCCUUUUAUUACACUCUGAGAGUGUCUCCAGUGCUGUGUCUACAAAGACAGCGCCAGCCCCUCUUCUGUCAGCUGUGCUGAGCGGGGAGUGCCAGUCAACUCCAUGGGCCUACGACACCGCAGCCUACCACAGCAUGGCUCUCAUCCCCCUGGCCUCCUAAAGGUCCAGAUGGCUGGGUGAACCCAGCUCAGCUCCCCUCUCCUUUGAGCAUCUCUGUACCUAAUUUUGUAAACUGGGAAGUGCCUGGUUUGGGAAAUCUUCUUUCGCCCCCUGUCCCUCUCUGCCCCUUCCUUCAUUUGUUCUGGUGAUCUGUCUCAUGUCAUCUUGCUCGCUUAUCCUGGGGCCCUUCUCUUUCCCAUGAUGCCCCUGAUUUCCUCACUGCUGUUUUCAUUUCUGUCUGCCACGCUUGUCUUUCUGUCGUGUGUUUCUCGUCCCUGAGUUCAACCUAUGCACCCUUUCCUAACAACAUGACUACCUCAUGUCUGCUUCAGACCAUAGUGUGACCCCUGGGUUCCCACAGCUCCCCUGCCAACCGCCUUCCUGGGCAGAUGACCCACUCCAAGUAGAUCUGGAAAAGACCGUGUGGCUUGCCUGGCUGCCCUCCCCUUGGUAUUGAGAUGAGAAGGUUUUCUAUGGAAGAGAUGAGUCCAGGCUGCACGGGGGACCCCCAAGAAGGGAUAGGGAGUGAAACCAAGAGGCUGAAAAAGAAAUGGCUGCCACCCAUCUGCACACAGAGAUGGGUGUGUGCUUUUGAAGUGCAGUCCUGGCUGAAACUGAAGGGGUGAGGAGAGGGGAGCUACUGGGGCUGCCAUGGCUCAGUUCCCUGACCCUGGAGCCCUGAACCUGGAUUCAGAGUAGCAAAGAGUUUCCUCCAAGAUGCUGUAAGGGAAGUCUUUGCAUAGGAAAAGGGCGGCUGGCUCAUUUUAUUUUAUCUUUCUUUACACUGAAUCCCAAAAUCAUCUUACCACGAAGGGCCAAGCCUGACUGGUAUUUCCUGAGUCACAAAAGCCAUGCCAUCUCUCUGGUUUCUCACCUCAGCCAUGUCCCAGAAUUGUCAGAUCCAGCGGCAUCUGUGCUCUUGCUGCACACCUUUCUGUUUUAACUGGCUGGCACAUCAAGCGUUAACUCUGGCUUCUGGGCCAAAUUAGAAAUAACCAGUCUAUUUUCCCUUUAUUUUAUUUUAUUUUAUUUUAUUUUAUUUUAUUUUAUGUCUUUCAGUGGAGUUGCAGCUUCUGAAAGCGUCUGUGUUUAUUAGCCUCGUGUGUCACUCAUGCCUGACCCCACCCACAUUUCCUUCUCCUCCCCUCUUCAGCCAGCCUAUGAUAACACUAAAGAUUAUUAAUGCUGGCUUCGUAUCUCAUUAAAGACAGGAUUGUCACUUGAACGACUUCUAUAGCAUUCAAAGUGGCCACGGCCAACACCACCGUAUGUUUCUUCAUUGCUCUGAAGGUCAAGAGCCUCAUUUUGUUUUCCUGGUUAGAUUUUUCCCCCCUUGCCUUGAAUGAAAUAACCGUUUUAACAGUAGGCUCUUAGCAUCACACCACAUAGUCAUUCCUCAUGUUCUUGUUUAACAAGCACUGAGGUUCUGGUUUAAAUUAAAUAGCUGCAAAUGAGACAAUUUAUAACCCAUUAGGCUGGGUGGAAAAUUGUUUCUCAAAAGCAAAUAAGUAAUAAAUCUGGUAUCUGCCUAUAACUCACAGUUGAUAAGAAAGUAGCCAGAACUCACUAGCAUUAUAUAUGAUUUGGGUUCUGAGUAACUGGGGAGUGUUAGCUUUGUGACUUUGUAGCAGCAGGUCUUAUUAGGAAAGUCUGUUGGCCUUUUACAGGGCAUUAGUCCCUUUGUCGUUUGCCAUGGAUGCCUUAAGUUCUUUGGAGUCUCAUUUAAAAAUUUCUUUUCUCGAAGCAUGACAAGUGUAUGCGAUACUUACAUGCUCACUCGUUUACCUGUGCUUAGUUUGUGCUGGGUUAUUUAAUUGCACUUUCCAGCAUCAUGCUUCCUCCUUACAAAUAUGAUAUUCUUUAUUGUUACACUAAGGUGUUGAUCAUGUAUCUGUCCCUGUAAAGAAUUAAUAAACUAUUUU